AUGAGCAUGGCUGGACUGAUAUCAGCCCUCCGAGGGACCUCAUCCUUUAGACCAUCCGCCAGUACAUGUAGACAACUUCCACAACAACGACUGUGUAUGAGCAGUGGAGACGCCACUACCAUCAUUCGCACACUUGAGCCGGGAUCUCACAUUUCGGAAAUGGAAGUAAAAAAGAGUCGGUUCAUUGGGUAUGCCAGCCAUGCCAGUAAUUGGGACGAUGCCAAGGCGUAUAUUGACACGGUCAAGCAGGAACACCCGAAAGCACGCCAUUGGUGUUUUGGAUUCCAAUGCGGAGUAAAUCCCGUCACGGAACGAUCCUCGGACGAUGGAGAACCCACGGGGACCGCAGGAGCUCCCAUUUUGGGAGCCAUUCAAGGGGAAGACUUGUCCGACGUCGUCUGCGUCGUCGUGCGAUACUUUGGUGGCAUCAAGCUGGGUGCCGGGGGGCUGAUACGAGCGUACGGUGGAGCCGCUCGACUAGUUCUGCGAGAAGCGCCGAUACUGGAAACACUUCCGACGGCGUCUUUUCUGGUGGUCCUUCCGUCGAAACAUGUGGGUGGUGUCUAUGGAGCUGUCGGCAAAGUGGGAGCCGUAACGACAAGGGAAGAGUAUCUUGCUGAUGGAUCUGUCACUCUGACAAUAUCUUGUGACUUGGCAGUGUUGGCCAGUCUCAAAGCAUCGCUCAGUGAUGCCACCAAAGGAGAAGUGGAGUUCAAAGACGAGUGA